AAAAACUUUGUUUGUCAAUAUGUCACUCAACCUAUAUAAACCCCAAAAGAAACCAGCUUCUCAUUCACUUCUCACUCUUACACAAAUACAAACACUAUGUCUUCUUCUUCUUCUGCUUCAAUUGCAAAGCUGAAGGUAGCAGGGACAUGGGCAGGACUCUUAGAGGUAGAAACAGAGAAUUGGACUGUGCCCAUGUUGAGAGAAGAGAUUGCAAAGAGAUCAAGCAUGGGUACUGAGUCGAUCAACCUAAUUUUUGCUGGCAAAGUCUUGAAAGACUGUACUAGUGAGGAAAAAAGCAGUCUUUCUCAGCUGGGUAUUAAAAAUAACUCUAAAAUUCUUGCUUGUCGUGUCUCUGUUGAGGAGGGUAAAACUUUAAAGAAUGAAUUGUUGGCUGAUGAUGAAAGGAACCGUAGACUUGCUCGUAUUAGGGCAGCUGUUACUGCAUUGUCCAAGAGGCAUGCAGAUGGUGCAUUACCUAUAGAAGACUUUGAUAUUGAACUUGAAGAUCAGAAUGGGAAGAAAGUGCACUUUUCUGAGACUGAUAGACUGGCAAUAAUGACAGGUCUGAUGCUCCAUACAAGUGGAAAGCGAUUUAUCAGAAAGCAAAUGUUUACUGAUGCACUAGAAGUUCUUACUAUGGGAGAGGAGGCUUUCUCUCUAUGCAAUCCCAAGUCCAUUGAACUCGUUGACAAUAUUCCAAUACUGCAAAUAGACAUGGUCUGGUGUUACUUCAUGCUCCGAGAUAUUGCCUGGAUUGCAGUGGCAGGAUUACGCCUCAAAAAGGCUAGAGAAGGACUUGAGCGUGCUCAUGGAAAGGACUCCUCCCGAUUCAGACUGCUUCAAGCUGGUCGUACUUCAGAGCUUGCACUAUAUUUGCGAUUGGAAUUGUUGGAAGGAGUGGUGGCUUAUCACAGUGGCCAGUUGGACAAAUCUAGGAAGUUCUUGGCCUCUGCACAAGAAAAGUUCUUCCAGCUACAAGUGCCUGAUGAAGCCUUAUCACUUGUCAUGAGCAUGGGCUUUUGGGAAUGGGAUGCAAAACGAGCAUUAAGAAUGAGCAAUCAGGAUAUUCAGAGUGCUGUUAAUUUUCUUGUAGUAGAAAGGGAAAAGAGAGAACAGAAAAGGGAAGAUGACAUUCGUCGAAGAAAUGAAAUAAUGGAGCAGAAACGGUAUGGAGUUACACCCUUAAAGAAAGCUGUGGAUCUCCAAAGACUGACAGAGGUGGUCUCCAUAGGGUUUGAGAAGGAGCUAGCUGCUGAAGCUCUUCGAAAAAAUGAGAAUGAUACUCAAAAAGCAUUGGAUGACUUGACAAAUCCAGAAGCUAAUACUGCACUUCAGCGUAAUAUAGAAUUGAGGAAAAGAAGAAGACAGCAACGAGCCACUGAUGCCACCAUUGAACGGCUUGUGUCCAUGGGCUUUGAAAGAUCAAGAGUGAUUGGUGCUGUCCAAGCUGGUGGUUCUUUAGAGCAAGCCAUGCAUCAACUGCUCACACAUUCCAGAGCAGAUACCACUGUUGCUGCUGAAAACAGUGCAAAUGCUCAUGGUUCAACUGUUAAUAAUAAUGCUAGUGCUCCUGAUUCACCUCCUACCGACCUUGCUCUGGAUAAUCUGGAUCCAGAUGCCCUGGAUAUUGAUUGUAGUAAUGAAGGUCCAUCAGCUGCUGAAAUUGAACAGCGGGAUGUGGAGAUGGAGGGUGAAAUUGCUGAUGAACUAGCGAGAGGUGAUGCAUUGUCUGAUUAUGACAUUGAAGUAGCCAAAGAAGGGGAGGCCAUCAAUGAGUACCUCGCUUUGCUGGCGUCAGCGGAUGGCACUUCAUCUUCCCAAUCUUCCCAGUAAGAAGAAAUUGACUCAAAGAAUAGCACAAAGUGUAUCUUUGUGAAUAUAUUGUGAAUAGUGGUAAUAGCAAGUCUGGUGAUAUGAUAGAGCCUUAGUGUUUAAGGGUUGAAACUAAGCAUAGGCUGCGUUGUUGUACUGAACUGCACACAGCAAACGUAAUUGCAGCAUCCAUCUUGAGAGUGAUGGUGUUGGCAACGAUCCUUUUUAUUGUAAAACAAUGACUUCCUGGUUGAAAUAAAUGCACUAUAGAGAUGAAAGCCAAGCAGAAGCAACAA